CUCUGUUUGUUUAUGUGUGUCUCAGAGAAGUGACGUGUGUUAGCCGCUACUCUGGUGACGUGUCUCUGCUGCUCUCUCUUUCUCCCGGAGCGGCUUGAUGGAGCCACACUGACUCGGAUCAACACUCAGACUGGUACCAGGAACACGGCAGGAGCUGAACUUAAGACACCAUGGGGAUUAAAUUUCUGGAGUUCAUCAAGCCGUUCUGUGCGGUCUUGCCAGAAAUUCAGAAACCAGAAAGAAAGAUUCAAUUUAGAGAAAAAGUACUAUGGACCGCCAUUACACUUUUCAUCUUUCUGGUCUGCUGCCAGAUUCCUCUUUUCGGCAUCAUGUCUUCAGAUUCAGCAGAUCCCUUUUACUGGAUGAGAGUAAUCCUGGCUUCCAACAGAGGUACUCUGAUGGAGCUGGGCAUCUCACCCAUUGUCACCUCAGGCCUUAUCAUGCAGCUGCUGGCUGGUGCAAAGAUCAUUGAGGUGGGAGACACCCCCAAGGACCGAGCCCUCUUCAACGGAGCUCAGAAAUUGUUUGGAAUGAUCAUCACCAUUGGACAGGCCAUUGUUUACGUCAUGACCGGCAUGUAUGGAGACCCUUCAGAGAUGGGUGCUGGGAUAUGCUUGCUCAUCAUCAUCCAGCUCUUCGUUGCAGGUCUGAUUGUCUUGCUGCUGGACGAGCUGCUCCAGAAGGGCUAUGGUCUGGGCUCUGGUAUCUCUCUCUUCAUUGCGACUAACAUCUGUGAGACCAUCGUCUGGAAGGCCUUCAGCCCCACCACUGUCAACACCGGCAGAGGUACUGAGUUCGAGGGAGCCAUCAUUGCUCUCUUUCAUCUCCUGGCCACCCGCACAGACAAGGUGCGCGCCCUGAGAGAAGCCUUCUACAGACAGAACCUGCCUAACCUCAUGAACCUCAUUGCCACCGUCUUCGUGUUUGCAGUGGUCAUAUACUUCCAGGGCUUCAGGGUCGACCUGCCCAUAAAGUCAGCACGGUACCGUGGUCAGUACAACACCUACCCCAUCAAACUGUUCUACACCUCCAACAUCCCCAUCAUCCUGCAGUCUGCCCUCGUCUCCAAUCUCUACGUCAUUUCUCAGAUGCUCUCAACACGCUUUAGCGGCAACUUCAUCGUGAACCUCCUGGGAACUUGGUCUGAUGCAACAAGUGGUGGACCAGCUCGAGCCUACCCUGUGGGCGGUCUCUGCUACUUCCUUUCUCCUCCGGAGUCGUUUGGUUCUGUCCUGGACGACCCGGUUCACGCUGUCAUCUACAUCGUCUUCAUGCUCGGCUCCUGCGCCUUCUUCUCAAAGACCUGGAUCGAGGUCUCAGGAUCUUCUGCUAAAGAUGUGGCGAAGCAGCUGAAGGAGCAGCAGAUGGUGAUGAGGGGACACAGAGAGACUUCCAUGGUGCAUGAGCUGAACAGGUACAUCCCCACUGCUGCUGCAUUCGGUGGCCUCUGCAUAGGAGGGCUGUCCGUCAUGGCUGACUUCCUGGGUGCCAUUGGUUCGGGUACAGGAAUCCUUUUGGCGGUCACCAUCAUCUACCAGUACUUUGAAAUCUUUGUGAAGGAGCAGAGCGAAAUGGGCAGCAUGGGAGCACUACUCUUCUAAAAAAUACCAACCUUCGGACACACAUAAGACACAAAGCAUCCCCCCCCCCCCCCCCAUCAUUAUUUUAAUUUUGCAAUUUUUUGCAAUUCGCACAAUCAGUUCAUUUUGCAGCUGGAAUAGGUUGUUUUUUUUCCUCCGCCACCUGUGUUUUCCAAUGUUACCUCUUUGGCAAUUGAAACCGUUUUUCCCAGCAGGCUGCCUGAGACCCCACUGACUGUCUUAUAAGCUGAAACAUGCCUAAAAGCACACCAGUGUGAGGUGAUGUCUUUGAUUUACCUCUGGCAUUGUUCAUCGCAGCUUGUUCAAGGAACACUAAGACAGAAACGACGUGUAAGUGCUAAUUGUAAGCUGAAAGCACUGCCUGGACUUUUUGGGGGAGUAUAAAGAAAGCCAUGUCAGGUCCAUCACAAAGUAGCAAUCAUGGCUGAGGUGUCAGGGGACCUAUAGUAGGGAUUGAAAUGUAUAAAUAAAAUAUGCUUGUUCUCCUGAUGAGGUCUCUGGUAUUCUCAGACAAAGCCGCUGUGGUUUUUAUUUUUAUUUUUUCGAUAUUUUUAUUGAUGGACUUUGUUUAUAUUCACUUUGGUCUUAUGUAGGGCACAUUGGUUUGUCCUCUGUCUGGGUCCUCAAAGGAAAGUGUGUCUGUGUCGUCAUGCUCUUUUAUUCCCAGACUAUUGCUGCACAAUACUGCCGACGUGGUCGGGAUGAGGGUGGGUUUGAUAGGGAUGAAAAAGGGUUUCAUUUUGGUUUUUACUUUAUGUAACAGACAUAAUUGUGUUAUUAAAAAAAAACAAGACUGUUUUUCCAACGUA